ACCUUUGCAUGCAGCCCCAAGGCUGUGGGACCAGCGCACCAUGGGCACCAAGCAGACCAAGGGCUGCCAGCCGAGCAGCGCCGGGGAGAGCCCCCCAGCCCAUCACCGCAAGAAAACAUCCCCCAGGGAAAGGGGCGACUUCCUCGCCUCACUGGUGGUGAAAUCGGGUGAGAAGUUUGGGAAGGGGGCCGGCAGCUUGCCCCCGUACCACCGGCGGAUCUGCAUGAUCCAGGACAUGCUGGGGCUGGUGAAGCAGGGCAAGCAGGAAGAGGCCACCGAGCUGCUCAGACACCUGCGGCAGGAUUUAGGAAUGGAGUCGACCUCUCUGGAUGAUGUCCUCUACCGAUACGCCAGCUUUCGGAAUCUGGUGGAUCCAAUCACUCAUGACCUGAUCAUCAGCCUUGCUAGGUACAUCCACUGCCCCAAACCGGAGGGGGACAACAUUGGGGCUAUGGAGAAGCUCUGCAGGCAGCUCACCUACCACCUCAGCCCCCACUCACAGUGGAGACGUCAAGGCAUCAUGAAGAGGAAGCCGCAGUCCUGUCUGAAAGCCGUGCUGAUGGGGAAGCCCCAGGACAACACGGUGGACUUGUCGGGCAUCCCGCUGACGCUGAAGGACCUGGAGCGCGUCACGUCGUACCUGCAGCACAGCUCGGAGCACAUCGACACGGUGGAGUUGUGCUUCACCGAGCUGACGGAUGAGAUGCUGCUGCAGCUGCUGCCGGCGUUGUGUGGCCUUCCUCACCUCACCACCUUGUCCCUCAACGGCAACAGGCUCACCAAAGCCAUCCUGCGGGACCUCACCGAAACCCUGAAAGACCCCAAGAAGUUCCCCAGCGUCACCUGGAUUGACCUCGGGAACAACGUGGACAUCUUCUCCUUGCCGCAACCCUUCCUGGUCAGCCUGAAGAGGAGGUGCCCGAAGCAAGGCAACUUGCCGACCAUUUUGGAGUUCGGCGAAGGGCAGGUGAGCGAUUUGGAGAACCAGGACGGCCUGGCCGAGAGCCGGGAGGACCUGCGGGGGGAAAAUUGUGAUGAAACCCCACUGGGCAAAGCGGAGGGCAGGACAGUGGAGGAGCGAGGCGCCGCAACGCCGCAGACGUGACAUUGGCUCCAUGUUGGGUACGUUUGGGUGACAAACCCAAGGUCUCCUCAUCAGAGGUCCUGGCAUGAGUGGAUGCAGGCGGUGGGAUGCUCCGGGAGCACGCUGCCUUCUUCCCCUGCGAUGAAUAUCGAUGCUGCUCUCGUCACGCAGAAACAGGAUGGUGUUGUGUACUUGUACCUCAUUCCCUGUUCAUUGAGGGGGAGUGGGACUAGAUGACCUUGGAGGGUCCCUUCCAACUCAAAUGAUGCUAUGAAAAGCCAGGAAGGUGUUUUUAAAUGGUAGUGCUAUGCUUUUUAACCUCUCCAAAAACGAAUCGCCAAAGUGGUGGAACAUGAGGCCCUUAGAAGCACAAAGGGGAGCAGGAAGGCGACCAGAUCCAGCAGGAUCCCAGCUGGUCACCCGCACACGACAGACGGACAAACUUCACCCACAAACACUGCACAGAACUGCAACCCUUUCCCAUACUGACUUCAGGAACUGCUGAAUAGCGUGCCUGGUGAGAUCAUCCCAAAGCCUGAUCCCGCUCCAAGGGAACACACUCCAAGCAGAGUGUUCCUACUACCAGCCCCACGGCAGAGCUUUGCUUUCCUUGUGCUGGUGCGGAGCUGGGUCCCAGUGCACUCAUUGCCUGGGUGCUGCUCCCCAACCUUACUAAGCCCAGGCUGGCCCUGCUGUCUGCCCAGUGCUCACCCAGCCCUAAAUCCAGUUUCCCACCUGCUGAGCUGCUAUGACGACCCCAGGGCUUCCCACUCUUGCACCAGAGCCCUCGGUGUGUUUUGGGGAGCAAAACGCACGGUCUGGAGCCAAGGCUUGGCUCAGGUUCAUUGCUCUUGCUGACAAAGGAGACCACAACACUGAAGGUUUUUACAAGAAAAAGAACAAACCUUGGGGCUCUUCCCUCCGUCACUGCCAUUCAGGCUGGGUGGACACCACCUCCUCCCUGGUCCAGAAGUGCUUUGUUUGUACAAUGUCUUUUUUUUUUUUUUUUUUUUUUUUUUUUUUUUUUUUUUUUUUUUAAUAAGAAACAUUAUUUCUGAAUGGAAAACAGCUCACAGCAGAGCAUGGCAACACGCACUGCGGCUUCUAAGCCAGAAUUCCUUGUGAUUCAGUGGGUUGAUGGUUGGACUGGAUGAUCUUAGAGGUCCUUCCAACCUGAGUGAUUCUACGAUUCUAAACCCAGGGGAAGGCAGAAGAGCAGGAAACACUUCCCCUCCCUUACACUCCACAAACCAAACAGACCUCCUCUCGCCAAGGAGCCCACCUGGCUCUGCUCGCAGCCCUUCCCCUGCACAGCUUUGCAGCAUCGCUUUGCACCUGGGAGCAGCGACCUCUGGCUUUGCUUUUCUGAGUGCAAACAGCACUGUAAGCACUCCGACUUCUCGGUCAUCCCUCAUUUCACGUGGCUGCACCAGGAAGCUGCAUGCCUUUUGCAGGGGGGUUCGUGCUGACAGCUGUUGUUUCUCCUCCAAGUACGUGACUAAGAAGAAGCUCUGCUACUCGUUUUAAUACAUUUAGCAAAGUUCUGUAUGAUUUGCAUGUAUCUAAGCCUUUUGUUUGUUUGUUUUUUUAACACUAACUCUUUCAACAGGCAUGAAGAACACUUUGCAGUGAAUCAAGUGUUCUGUUUGAAAUAAAGGAGCUAUCUGUAAUCAAAAUAAAUGCCAAUGUUUAAUAAAA